AUGACUCAGACGUGUAUUUUCUGCACUGGCAACUUUUCUGAGGACCAACAUGGAAAAGGCUGGAUACAGUGCUCAGUUUGUUUCCGAAGAGCACACGAAGACUGUGCUGGUAAUUCUUACCUCAACGAAUGUUUACCAUAUGUUCUGUAUCAAUUUGGAGCACCAGUUUGGAAAGAAAUCACUACUAUUGUGUUGAUAGGAUUCAUUUGUAAUUUAGUUAUAACAGUCAUAUACUUCAUGGUUAAUUGGGAUAUUGAUAAUUUCGUCAGAAUAGCCUACACCCAGUGUAUAGAACUGUUCGCGGCAAUAUGUUUUUACAAGGGUCUAGGUACUCCACACCUGGCUCUAGAAGUUGAAAAACUUAGGAAAAUAUUAUGGCCCUACAAUGAGCUUGGUCCAGAAGUGUUAGUGCGAAUACAAAAGAAGAUUAAGUUAUUCCAAAAAAUCAGAAUAAUUUUAACAGUUUACUCUAUGUUGACGAGCUGUUUUUGUAUACCGUUGAGUGGGGAUAAUGGAGAAUUCACAGUAUUUUCCUAUAUUCAAGGAGAUAUAGUGAUGCCAAGAAUAGUUUAUCUUGCCAUUUCAAUUAUGAUGGUAUUUGGAAAACUCUAUAUGACGAAUGCAAUAAUCAGUAUGAAUUCUCUUACUUUAUUUACCAUUAACGAUAUAGCAUCACAUAUGCUGCUGUUGAGGAAAAAGCUGCAGUCAAUAAGUAAACAGUAUGGAAAGAAGGAUGAAAAUUAUUACGAUGAAUCAUAUCAGAGAAAUAUCCAGAAAAUAUUGAAGAAAUGUAUUUUUCAGCAUGCAAUCAUUGUCAAGUAUGCUAAGAUACUGAAGGAAGAAAUAGAGGACGUAUUAAUGAUUGUCACUAUAAUGGGUGUACUCUGUUUAGCAUUUUUAUAUCUCAAAGCAAAAAUGGAACGUGGAAUUAGAUUCAUCAUCAAUGUUAUAUUGACUCAAGUCAUAGUAGUCCUACUGACUUGUAGCUAUUGUAACUCAGGACAAAUGUUAAUGGAUGAGGUAUAG